AGGCAGAGCGACUCGACAGCACGCAAAAACUCGAAGGAACACCGAGGGAAAGAAAGAAAGAAAGGCAAGAUGCAGCGGCCCCAACUCCCGGUGAUCGAUUUCUCCGGCUUCGACCCGGCGGCCGACGGAGGGCCCGCCUGGGACGCCACCCGGGAGCAGGUCAUGCAGGCGCUCGGAACCUGCGGCUGCUUCGAGGCCGUCUACGACCGAAUUACCCCCGAGCUCCAGCAGUCGCUCCUGGAGGUGAUCGCCAAGGAUCUGUUCCGCCUCCCUCUCGAGACUAAGCUCAAGAACGCCUCCGACAAGGUCUACGACGGCUACCUCGGCCGGUUCCCGAACCUCGACUACGAGAGCCUGGCCAUCAGGGAUGCGACCCUGUCAGACGCCAUCCCCAACUUCGCCAGCCUCAUGUGGCCCGAUGGGAACCCCAACUUCUGCGAGAGGGCUUCCUCCUUCACGAAGAAACUGGCGGAGUUGCAGGGGAUGAUAAGGAAGAUGGUCCUGCAGAGCCUGGACGUGGCUGAGUACCAUGAAGAGCAAAUGCAAUCGACAUGGCACCUGCUCCGGUUCUCGGAGUACGGAGCGCCCGGCGAGGAGACGAGGAAAGUGGGUCAGAUGGCGCAUCGGGACGCCAAUCUGUUGACUGCAGUGUGCCAGCUGAACGGCGUUGAUGGGCUGGAGGUGGAGACCAGAGACGGUCAGUGGAUCCAAGCCACCCCCAGCUCCCCCACCUCCUUCUUCAUCAUCGCUGGAGAAUCUUUCUGGGCAUGGAGCAACGGCAAGGUGUACUCCCCCAUGCAUGGCGUCACGGUGAGCGGCAAAGAAACGAGGUACUCUGUUCUGCUGUUAGCGAUGCCCAAGAAUGAGCGCCCGAUUCAAGCCCCAGUCGAGUUGGUGGACGACAUACAUCCCCCCUGUUGGUGUAAACAACUUUGAGCCGUGACCUCGGGGCCGACGCGGCUCGGUUCGAGUCCGGACGACGGGGAUCUCUCCGGGGCGUUCCUCGAGCCCGCUGGGUCGGUCUGGUGCGAUGGUACAAUCGGGACGAGGUCGUCGUUUGCUCUGGGGGGGAACUCCUCGCCCACGCGUCCGGCGGGGAUCCCAGGCUUCGCACCUGCACAAAGGUCGGGUCGAGGUGCUCGGCCUGACCCCUCUGACGAUCAAGUUAGCAGAUGUGGAGGGGAUUUUAGCUGUAGAAGAGUUGUUAGUGUCUGUCCCCCCCCCCCCCUUCCGUUUAGGAUGCAAGGGUAUUUAUAAGGGAGUUUGGUAUAACCUAACGUGCCUGCUCGCAGGGGGCAGGAUCGUACCUUCUAGUGACGUCUGACAUCGCUGUUGGCGUGUCAUGAGGGAUCAAGCCUGAGAGGUCAUUAAUGGGCCUCGGUCGGCGUUAUGGCCCGUGUCAGCCAUGUGCUGUCAGCCUGGCGGAGACGCAGGGCGUCAGCAGGUGUCAAGCCAGUCUUAUUGUGAUUAUCACCCUCAUCAUACUCCCCCCCAAAGGAAGCUAUGCGUCAGCUGCCGGAAACGGGGGUCUAAGGCAGGGCUUCGGGUUUAAAGAGCUAUCUCCGUCGGGCGAAGGCCGGUUCGCCGCCCUAGGCGUGGGGAUCGUGUUGCUUGGCCAUCGAGAAAGAUCGGGUGUGCCGUUGCGGCGCUAGGAAGUGAGUGGCCGAGGAGCCUCGAAGAAUGACUCGUAGGUCAAAUUGGGCUCGGCCGUGAGGGUGGUAGCCCCCUUGGGCAGGCAGGUCGUGUAGGCGUGGCCUCGGGCAAUGUGCGGUCGAGGAGCACGACACAGGUGGCUGUCGCCGAGGAGCUGGACUCAGGCGAGCAGGCGCGCGGGCAUGGUUUCGGGCGACAUGAGGCCGAAGAACACGACACAGGCGGCUGUUGCCGAGGAGCUGGACUCGGGCGAGCAGGCUGCGCAGGUGUGGUUUCGGGCGACAUGAGGCUGAAGAACACGACACAGGCGGCUGCUGCCGAGGAGCUGGACUCGGGCGAGCAGGCUGCGCAGGUGUGGUUUCGGGCGACAUGAGGCCGAAGAACACGACACAGGCAGCUGCUACCGAGGAGCUACUCCGAUUGGAUUUGCUACUCUGUGUUGCGGGAGGUGUGGGUGGCUAGGUAACCUUUGGUCUGUUGGGAAGUUCAGGGGAUGAACCUUUUCGAGAAUCGCCAGUAUUCGAGAAGACUGGCGCCUCAAGCCCAUUGUUUGCCACGCGUAACGUGCCUGUUGGUUGCCUUGCCAAGUCGCAUUUAUGGCGGAGUGACGAUGUGUCAUCCCAAUGCGACACGCCUGAGAAGAGAAAGGGUCACUGUUUUUGGAGGGAUUUUGUCUAUAAAUAGUGUGCAGCUAGCCCCUCGAAGGUCUCCUCACUUGUUUCUAUUCUGCCGCUUCGGACUCCAUCGUUUUGUUUGCGCCGAUCGCUCUUCUCCUUUUUCUAAAGGUCGGUAAGGAUGCUGUCUUCUUCUCCUUCCUCUUCAUCCUCUUCUUUGGCUAAAGACGGGCAAACGGCGGUUGUGUCGGAUCCCAACUCGUCUUCCGAUGAAAAGGCGGCCCGGGCCCUUGAGGCCCUGAUGUGGCCGCACGACCUCGACUCCACCGUGAGCGGGUCGUUGCUCAGUCGCCUCCGGGACCGCUAUGGCAUCCCGGAGGAGUUUGUCCUUCUUGCUCCCGAGCCCGGCCAACGAGCGUACGAUCCGAUUCCCAGGGGUUUCGCCCUUACCCUUGAUACUUUUGAGGCCGGGCAACGCCUCCCUUUGCACCCCAUCAUAACCUCUUGUAUCUCAUGGUGGCGUACCUCCCCGUCCCAGAUGGCGCCCAACUCUUGGCGUUAUCUGGUGGCGUUCCGGGGGGAGUGCCACUAUGCCCACAUCGCCCCGACCCAAUCCCUCUUCCUUUCUUGCUUUCGACUUUCCAAGGGGUCGGGGGGCUACUAUCUGUCCGCCCGAGCGGGCUUCCGAGUGAGCGGGGCUCCUUCCAGUAAUAAGGGAUGGAAGGGGCGCUUUUUUUUCGUCAGUCGCUCUGAGGACUGGGGAUUUGGGCUUCGAUGGGCGGCGCACUGUCACGGACUUAGCUGGUUUUGCCUAAGUCAUGCAGCACCCUUGCGUGUCCGUCCGCAAAGGUCAACCUCCCCGAAGCCUCCCAUUGUCCCUUAGGACCAACAAAAGAGAGAACGGGUUAGAGAGAACGCCUCAAUCGGGAUCCAUAAGCAAACAUCUCUGAAAAACACUUCAUAGACAAUACAAAUUAAAAACAGACUUUACAAGCUCUGAACAGUUGCACAACAAAGGGUAAAAUAGUCCAUUAUAGAUCAAAAAUCUCUCGCACAUGUCCACAUGACAUAACCUUUAUUUACAAGCCUAAAGAGGCCACCAACCCAACUAAAAUGGGACUAUUAAGCCUUCGGCCGUCCCUCUACAUGCUGUACAAGGCAUGAACAUAUCAAAAGGCACGGACAUACAUAAGCAUUACAUCAAAUAUCCUGUUUAGAAGUUUGUCCGUGACAGCACGUGAUAGACAACACCGCCCCGUGUUUGGACGAUGAGGAGUGCCGAGAGCUCUGGAGGCUCAAAUAAAUCCUCCCAGCCUCAAGAGCCAUCCGGAGUAUGUCCGAGCAGUGGUUGGUCGAGGCGGGUCUUAGCCCGAUGCCUCGAGAGAUGGUGGUUCUCCGAGCCUUGCGUGGGGGUAAGACCCCGUCGGCCCCAUCCGCUCGUUCGCCAGCCAAGGCGAGGGCUGGCUCGAGAGAGGCCCCGGUGGAUGUUGAGGCUGGCCGUCCUCGGAAGAAGGCGAAGACUUCCUCGGCGAAGGACUCCGGGGAAGCUGCGGCUCAGCCAGCGGGAACCGUCGCCGCAUCGGGCGUCCGCGUCGGGAAGAGCCUCGGGCGAGGAGAAGCCGACUCCAGCAUGGAGGAGGCGGGGAAGGCCCCUCGAGAGCCUUCCAUCCGCGAGCUUUUGCCGCCUUCAGGCUAGGGGGGAGGAUGAGCCCUACCAGGCGCGGGCGAUAGGCGACCUUCCUCAGGGCGAGCCCUCCGCCCCGCUGAGGGCCCGCUGGGAAGGCUUUACCCGUGGUAGCCGGGUGUGGGCCGACGGGGAUUCCAUGGCCGGGUUUGUGCGCGGAGGGCUCCAUCCCGACAUAGCUCGGGACCUGUACACUCUGUCCUCCGAGGUCCUUCUUGGCAGGUCUGCCAAGUCGCUGCUGUGGGGCACUCAUUAUGCCGCGGCGCUGAUGGACCGCAUCCAUGACGCAGGGUGGGUCAUCGACAUCCUCAGUGGCCACAAUGCCGACCUCCGUAAGCAUAUGGAGGAGGUUCGCGCCGGGGCGACUCCUGAGGCGGUCGCGAUAGCCGAGCAGCGUGCCUCGGAUUUGGAUGCGGAGGCGACACACCUCCAUUCCGAGCUCAAGGUGUCCGUGGAGUAAAAUAAGGAGCUCUAGAUGCAGCUGAGGGCGUCUGUGGCCGAAGCUUGUUCGGCAAGGGGGGAGUCGAUUGAGCUGAUCCGACGGUUGGAGGGGGCGCGUGCUGAAGCGCGGGGUGCUGCCGAGGCCCUUGCCGUCGAGAUCCGUCAGAGGUCGGAGAAGGACAAAAAACUGAUCGAGGACUACAAAGGUUCCUCGGGCUUUCAGCUUGGCCUUGUUCGGACUAGGCGGGUUUCGUACGAAUACGGUUACCGGAUUGCCCUUGCUCACUUCAAGGCGCGCCACCCCGGCCUGGAGGUCGCGGAGGAUCCUUUCGAUUCCUUCCCCGAGGACAUGGGCGUCGAUAUGCCGGACGAAGUCCCAUUUGAUGAUAGCCCUGAUGCUCCUGAGGAAUAAAUGUAGACUUUUCUGUUGACCACUAAUGUUAAUGUACUCUCUGAAAUUAAUAUAGCUGUUUUUGCCCUCUCAAGUGUCUUUUUUCCUAGCUUGUGGUUUGCCGAUCACUAUACUAUCUAGUGUCGUAAUAUAAUUCUAACUUCUGUUGAGUCCUUUUUCAUCGCAUUAUGGAAAGAACUUUUUGAGAUUUUGCGAGUUCCAACCCCUUGGCAAAGAGUGGCCCUACAUCGUCGCUAGUCGGUACGUACCGACCCUAACAGCUUCGGUCACCCGAUAAGGGCCUUCCCAAUUGGGAGCUAACUUCCCACAUGCUCGGGUCGGGUCGCUAACCUCAGCCUUGCGUAAGACUAAGUCACCUAGCUUAAUUGGUCGAGGCCGUACCCUGCGGUUAUAGAUUCUGGCAACAGCCCUUUUAUAGGAGAGGUCUUUCAGGUGCACGUUAGCGCGUCGCUCCUCGAGUAGAUCGAGAUCGGCUCGCAGUCCCUGGGCCGAUACCCGUUCGAUGUAGCUUGCCGUCCUCAGGGUAGGGAAAACCAUCUCGGGGGGCAAGACAGCCUCGGUCCCAAACGAGAGGUCGUAAGGGGACUCUCCGGUUACGGUCUUGGGGGUGGUCCGCAGGGACCACAGGAUACUGGGGAGCUCAUCCGCCCAGGCUGAUUGGGCCGCUGACACUCUCCUCUUGAGUCCGUCUAGAAUAGAUCGGUUAGUGACUUCGGCCAACCCGUUCGUCUGGGGAUGGGCCACAGAGCUGAACCUCAGCUGAAUCCCAUAGUUCGCAAAGAACUCCUGGAAUCGAGCACUGGUGAACUGGGAUCCAUUGUCUGUGAUGAUGGCUUCGGGCAAGCCAAACCGAGUCACGAUGUUUUUCCAGACGAAUUUCUCCACUUGCCAUUCCGUGAUUGCCGCUAGUGGCUCGGCUUCGGCCCAUUUGGUGAAGUAAUCUACGCCCACGACGAUGCAUCGUCGUUGCCCCGAGGCCGGUGGAAAAGGGCCGAGGAGGUCCAAUCCCCAUUGCGCGAACGACCACGCAUAGUCGAUGGGGGACAGGGAACCGCCAGCAUCCGGGGCAUUCGGGCGUGCCUCUGGCAGGGCCCACACAGCUGCACCUAUAUUCUCGCAUCUCGGGACAUGGUGGGCCAGUAGUAUCCUUGACGAAGGAUUUUGUAGGCCAAGGUCCGAGCAGCCAUAUGCUCCCCGCAGAUCCCCUCGUGGACCUCGGCCAGGACAGCCUACGCUUCAUCAGGCUCGAGGCAUCGUAGCAGGGGCUGUGAGAAGGACCGCUUGUAGAGCCAUCUGUUCACCUCGGAAUACCACGCUUGUGUUCGGCGGAUGCGGCGCACCGCGGCUUCGUCGUUGGGAAGAAUCCCGUCGCGUUUGAAGAGUAACAUCUCCUUUACCCACAUGGCACGUGCUUCGGCAGGAGUUAUAGCCGAAAUCGAGAUGGCGCGGAAUGGGAGCUCUUUGACCUCGGGGCGGUUUCCGUGGUCUGGUCCUGAAGCCAUCUUCGCCAACUCGUCGGCUCAUUCAUUUUGGCUCCUCGGCACCCUGGAUAUCGUGAAGUGGGAGAAGUUGGAGGCUAGGCUUUUUACCUACGCCAAGUACUUUGUCAUGGUCGGUUCCCUGGCUUCGUAUCCACCGCUGAGCUGCUCGGCGACGAGCUGCGAGUCAGUGAAGACGUGGAUGGCAUCCACCUGCAUUUCAAGGGCCAGCUUGAGUCCUACCAAGGGCGCCUCGUUGUUGGUUGCCCGGAAGCCGAAGCGGAAGGAGCGUUUGAACGAGCGUUCGUCGGGGGCCAAGAGUACUAACCCCGCGCCGGCGCUGCUGGAGGUAGCCGAGCCAUCCACAUGCAGGUCCCACGCCUCCUCUGAUUGCUCGGAGCUUCCAUUCCCAUCUUCUACCAGUUCCGCGAUGAAGUUGGCCACGGACUGGGCCUUGAUAGCAGUCCUCGGGACGUAACGUAUGUCGAAUUCUUCGAGUUCUAUCGACCACUUGAGAAGCCGUCCUGCGACAUCAAACUUAGACAUAACCUGCCGGAGCGGCUGGUCAGUUAUUACCUCAAUCGGGUGAGCCUGGAAGUAGGGGCGUAGUUUCCGAGACGCCAGCACGAGCGCCAAAGCGAGCUUCUCGAUUAGCGGAUACCGCUCCUCGGGCCCGUUUAGGACAUGGCUGAUGUAGUAGACCAGUAGUUGUUCCCCAGAAGCCUCUUUGGUUAGGACAGAGCUGACCGCAUGCUGGGAGGCGGCUAGGUAGACGCUGAGCUUCUCCUCGGGAGUAACCGAGGCAAAGCGGGGGAGGCUGGCCAAGUGCCGCUUGAUCUGUCCCAAAGCUUCUUCACACUGCGCCGUCCGCCGGAAGUCCUUGGGGUUCUUUAACGCCCAGAAGAAGGGGAGGCAACGAUCACCAGACCGAGAUAGAAACUGGGAUAAGGCAGCAAGCCGUCCGUUUAGUCGCUGCAAGUCCUUAACUGUUCGAGGGGCCUGCAUGUUGAUGACUGCCUGAACCUUUUUCGGAUUCACGUCGAUUCCUCUUUCAUGCACGAUGAAUCCGAGGAACCUUCCCGAACUGACGCCGAAAACGCACUUCGUCGGGUUCAGUCGCAAGCCAUACCUCCGGAGUGUGGAGAAUGUCUCGGCCAAGUCGGUCAGGUGGUCGGCCGCCAUGCGACUUUUCACAAUCAUGUUGUCGACAUAAACUUCGACGUUUCGCCCGAUCUGUGGGGCGAACAUCUUGUUCACGGCCCUCUAAUAGGUAGCGCCGGCAUUCUUGAGCCUGAACGGUAUGACUUUGUAGAAAUACACCCCUAGAUCGGUGAUGAAAUUCGUGUGCUCUUGGUCCUCGAGUGCCAUUCUGAUCUAGUUGAUACCGGAGAAGGCAUCCAUAAACGACAAGCGGGAGUGCCCGGCAGUUACGUCGACUAGCUGAUCAAUCCUUGGGAGGGGAUAACAGUCUUUCGGGCAUGCACGAUUGAGACUCGUGUAGUCAACGAACAUCCUCUAGUUCCCAUUAGACUUCUUUACCAGCACUACAUUAGAUAGCCAUCAUGAGUACUUGACUUCCUCGAUGAAGUCGGCCGCUAAGAGUCGCUCCACCUCUUUGCGGACGGCGAGUUGCCUAUCAGGGGCUUGGCGUCGUGGCUUCUGUUUUACUGGCCGGGCAUCGGGCGAUAUGUUCAGGUGAUGCUGGGCGGUCUCAGGGUUGACGCCGGCCAUGUCAGAUGGCGACCAGGCAAAGACAUCGGCAUUCUCCUGCAAGAAAUCGAUAAGCUGCUCUCGUUCUUGCCCGGGGAGUUUCGACCCGACCCGGACUGUCCGAUCCGGGCGAUCCUCCAUCAACGGCACGUCACAAGUGAGCGCCAUCGGCUCCGGAUGUGGUGUCGGCCGCUUCGCUUCUCUCGGGUCCUCUAGAGGUUGGUCGGUCUUCGCCCUUUUGUGCAACGAAACCGCCGUCAAGUAGCAUCGUCUGGACUCUUGGGGGCUUCCCCAAACUUCCCCUGUCCCGGCGUGGGUAGGAAACUUCACCGUCUGAUGAUAGGUGGAGACUACAGCUCUGAUUUUGUUGAGGGUGGGGCGGCCGAGGAUGGCGUUGUAAGCAGUGGGAAGAUCUACCACCAAGAAGGUGGACAUCACUGUCUUUGUUCUGGGCGGCGUUCCCAAGGUGAGGGGCAAGGUAACAGUCCCCAAUGGUGAGACUGAGUCACCGGUGAAUCCCGUGAGUGCCGUGGAGAUAGGCUUCAGGGAUUCUUUGGUUAGCCCCAAUUUCUGGAAGGCAUCUAGAUAGAGCACGCCGGUUGAGCUCCCCAUGUCAAUCAUGAUUCUCCUCACCUAGGCGUUAGCGAUUCGAGCCAUUAUGACAAGCGCGUCGUCAUGCUCCGGUGGCCUGACGUCCUCGGGAGGGAACGCGACCUUGGGGUCGGGACCACACUGGGGAGCAUCAAUCCUGGCGGAACGGGCAUACGCUUUUCUCCCAGACAUACUGGUUCCCCCUGCCGCCGGUCCUCCGGUGAUGACAUCGAUGUGGCGCUCCACGGGGCCCUCCAGGCGAGGGGAGGGCUCCCUGUUACGCCAGACGUACCGACUGAGGUGACCCCCGCGGACCAGUUCCUCGAUCUGCCAUUUUAGUUCGUGGCAGUCUUCGGUGUCGUGCCCGCUUUGUCUGUGAAAGCGACAGUGCUUGGAUUGGUCAGUGAGCUCUCGUGGGUUUUUCAUCGGAACGGGAGCCCUGAGCAAACCUCUCUCCUUUAUCUGGAGAAAUAUCUCCUUUCGGGACGUACCUAGGGGGGGCAGAGGAGGCCUCAGAGCAGGCGGGUCGGAUCGCUCCAGCCUACGCCUAGUCGCGGCAGGCUGUUGCCCGCGAGCCGGCUCCAGUUUGACCCUCGUGCGCUCUUCCUGUUUUCCGGCCACCCAAGCCUCAGCCGCGACGAACUGGCUCGCCCGUUGAAGCAUCUCAGAUACCACGGAGGGGGGCUUCUCAACGAGGGACCAGAAGAAUCAGGAAGGUCGCAGUCCCGCCAUGAACGCCUGCAUCAAACAGAGAGGGGUGAGCAUCGGAUAAUCCCCGAAUCUGCGUGGAAAAACGGUUCACAAAGUGGGAGAGGGACUCGUUCUCCCUCUGGUGUAGUCCGAGAAGCUAGGCGACGGACGGUUUCGGCCAUGCGCUGGCCAGGAAGUUGAGCUCGAAGUCUCUGGCGAGCUGGUCGAAUGAGGCGACCGUCCCGGUCCUCAAGCCGUCGUACCACGCGCGGGUUGGUCCUCUUAGAGUUGUGGGAAACACCCUACACAUCAGAGCGUCAGAGGUUCCAUACAGUGCCAUUUGGGUGCGGAAGGUGGCUACAUGGUCCGCUGGGUUGGUGGAGCCAUCGUAUGUGUCCAGAGAGGGGAGACGAAAGUUCUGUGGGACUGUCUGAUCCCGUAUUUCAAGGACAAAUGGGGAUCCCUGAUGUACGUCCUUCCCGAGCUCUCCUCUUGACCUACGGACCUCCUUCUGUACCUCGUCAAGCCGUUGACUGACGAGGAGCAACUGGGCUCGCAGGGAGUCAAUCGAGGCCAAAGGAAGGGCCUCAGGUUGAGCGUGACCUCUCUGGUCCGCCGUUACUCGAUCCCCGAGUGGGGACGACGGGACCUGAGGCGAAGUGGGGAGCUCCAGGGGCUGCGCCUAAGCCCGAACAGGCGGCUCUUGCUGGUGCACCGCUUCGGCGGCCGGCGGAUGCAGCGCUCCAGAGACGAGUGGAAUGAUGGACUGUACCAUUCCGGUUAGACCUUGGACCUGAUGGGCGAGGUUAAGAAAGGCCUCGGACGAGACGGGCGACGGUUCGGCGAAGGGGGCGUCGGGUGGCACCAAACCCUGGUCAUUGAAGAUCCGCCAAUAGCUCUCUGAAGUUGCGACGGGGUGUUCGUUGCGGAGGCCCGUCCACGGGGAGUGUUCGCCUGGAGCCCCGACCGGGUGCGCCCCCUCGACUGCGGGUUCGGCCGAGUCGGACUGGCGAUCCCUCGACAUCAGGCCCUCCUUCUAGCUCCAGAAUGUUGGUGUAAACAACUUUGAGUCGUGGCCUCGGGGCCGAGGCGGCUCGGUUCAGGUCCAGACGACGGGGAUCUCUCCGGGGCGUUCCUCGAGCCCGCUGGGUCGGUCUGGUGCGAUGGUACGAUCGGGACGAGGUCGCCGUUUGCUCCGGGCGGGAACUCCUCGCCCACGCGUCCGGCGGGGAUCCCAAGCUUCGUACCUGCACAAAGGUCGGGUCGGGAUGCUCGGCCCGACCCCUCCGACGAUCAAGUUAGCAGAUGUGGAGGGGAUUUUAGCUGUAGAAGAGUUGUUAGUGUCUGUCCCCCCCCCCUUUCCGUUUAGGAUGCAAGGGUAUUUAUAGGGGAGUUUGGUAUUACCUGACAUGCCUGCUCGCAGGGGGCAGGAUCAUACCUUCUGGUGAUGUCUGACAUCGUCGUUGGCGUGUCAUGAGGGAUCAAGCCUGAGAGGUCAUUAAUGGGCCUCGGUCGGCGUUAUGGCCCGUGUCAGCCGCGUGCUGUCAGCUUGGCGGAGACGCAGGGCGUCAGCGGGUGUCAGGCCAGUCUUAUCGUGAUUAUCACCCUCAUCACCCCCAUCUUCAAACCCUACUACUACGAUGAUUACCUGAGGUUCUGCUUCUCAGAGGAGGGCAUGAUGCAACAGUGCAAGCUAGUCGCUUACUGUGGGACGGACGCAACCAAGGAAGCUGAUGCAUGAUCAUGUCGUUCAUAUUACUGUUGUCUUUUCAGGACGUAUUGCUUCUUUUUUCGUUGGUAAUAAGAAUGGACUCUGAUGCAUUGCUGGAUCCAGAGAUUGCUAUACAUGAAGUCGUCGAUCUCAAAUGUAGGGUCUCUUGGUUGGUCUUCCCAUGGUUUUUAAGAGCUUGGUAUUUGGGAAUGGUUGCAGAGUGUGCCUUUCCGUUCUCGCAGAAUGUGUAGUUCUUGUUCUGCUUCGUUCAAGGAGACUUGUAUCUGUCAUCUUCUUUCCCUCUCUCACGAUGGCCGGGCUCGUCUCCGAGGGUGCAAAACACCGAGCGUGGGAAUUCAGGCUGCAGUACUCCCUGAGCGAAAUUAUUCGUUCUCUUUGAUGAGCAAUUUGAUUAGUGGUUUGAAUCAACUUAAUCUGAUGAGUAAGUUGAUAGAUUAAUUUAUCCAUCAAAUUUAAAUCGUGAUAUUUUAUCUUAAUUUUUAAUUCAUAUGAUUUUUUUAAUUUUUAUGAAUUAAACGUAAGAUCUUAUGAUAAAUUUUUAAGAUCUUUACCAACUAAACUGGUUGAUAUCUUUGCCAAACGACUGGUCUCCAUGAUUGCUCCACAAUAACGUAUGAUUGGAGGAAGGCACCCUUCCCCUCGGUCUAUUCGAUCAUUUGUGAUCGCCGAGCAUCAUAUUUAGUCCACAAAGCUGUAGUGAACGGUCGUACUUGAUGAGGGUAAUAAUGGCGAUAAGACUCGGGUGACGUCAGCUGUCCCAGGUGACACCUCACCCUUCUGUUGACCUGUUAGCACACGCAAAUCGAAACGCCAACCAAGGCACAUUAACACCCUGCUCAGGCUUGAUCCCUCACGCCACGCCAACAUCGAUGUCAGAUGCUACCAGACGUACGAUCUUGCUCCCUACGGGUAGGCGCAUCAACAAACGAUAACCCUCACUAUAAAAACCCUCGCGUUACGAGGAAAUGAGAAUGAACAGAUACAAAAUCCGCUGCGACUACUCACUAACUUGAUCGUCGGAGGUUCAUGCUCUCCUUCUAAUGCCAAAAAUAUUGGUGUAAACAAUUUUAAGUUGUGGCCUCAUGGGCGACGCGGUGCAGGUGCGAAGACACUCACUAACUUGAUCGUCGGAGGGGUCGGGCCGAGCACCCCCGACCCGACUUGUGUGCAGGUGCGAAGACGAAGGCCGCCCACUGAACGCCCAGGCGAAGAGUCCCCUCUCGGAAGGAACAACGACCCUGUCUCGAUCGGACCAUCGUAAUCGACCACCUCAGCGAUCUCAAGGGCCGCCUCGGAAAGAUCCCCCAUCAUCCGGACCUGAACCAAGCCGCGUCGGUCCCGUGGCCACGGCUUAAUGUUGUUUACACCAACAGUACUCUUCUAAAACAAAAGCAAUUUAGCACUUUUAUCCCGUCGCAAAUUUUUUUGGAGCUUGCGUGACCACGUACGAAUAAUAAUAUGCAGACGUAACAGGACAAUUUGCAUUAAAGAUAUUGGAUAAAGGAAACACGCAUAUAGUAAUACAAGAAAACGACCGAGUUUUAUUCGAGAAACACGGAAACGAGAAAGGAAGGCAAGCAUACAAAUCGACGAGGGAUGAUGAUGCAAAACGCCAAGCGUGGGAGAUCAGGCUCCCACUUCAUCGAGUUGGACCCCGCAGUACGCCUUGAGCGCAUCGUCCGAUUUCAUGCCUUCCUCCGAGUGGUGGAAGUUCACAAAGCCGGGAUAGCCGAAAGGCUUGUAGAUCAAGGGGUGCUCUUCAUCGACCAGCUCCUCGGGAACUUGCACCACCACGUCGUCCUUUGGGUGGGACGCAAAGAUACCGGAAUACCUGGUGUCCUCGCCGCCGACCAUGACACGAUGCAGUUUUGCACGAAGUCUUCCAUUGCUCCAGCCCUGAGGAACACAUGAAAAGCCGUCACAAGUUGUGUCCUUCCUUCGCCGUCCGGCCGGCCGGCUGUAUCAGACUAGAGCUGGAAAAGGAUUACGAGUCGAGUGCACGCAGCUCACCUGUAAUGAUUGGCCAAUCAAUACCGUAUACGAAUUGGGGGAUGGAGGCACCGCGAGCCACUCGCCAUCCGCGGUUAGCACUUGCAGGCCUGCUACCUUGUGCUGCACGACUAGGGUGACUGUGGUUUCAUCGACAUGGGGCGGCAGCACGACCGUCGCCUCCUGAGAUGUGAGAGCGCCGUACUUGGCCAUCCGGAGGCCGAACGUGAGCUCACUGUUCUGGCGGUCGAAGUGUUUGACCACGCCCAAGCUCUCCAGGAGCAUCCUCCGCACCAUCUUCUCCAGCUCGCUCAGCUGCCUUCCGAAGGAGUGCACUAUGUCGC